CACAGCUGAUAGCGGUCGGACCAAACAGCAUGGCAUUAGACCGCUUGCGCGUCCAUCUCCUUGAACUAAGAUAACGUAGCGGGGAACUUUUACACUAUCGAACGAUGGAUCCCCUCGAUUAGGGGCGACCUUCAGCAUACAUGUUCCUGUAGUUUAGUCUAGUCAACUCACCCAACGAUCCACACCAUCAAAAGCCUUCCCUGAGCAAGAACCAGCGACAACCCUUACACACAAACCACAUUUCACGACUCCGUUGACCGAUCGCAAAUAUCCUCUUCACAAUGAAAGCAGCACUAGUGGUCGUCGACAUGCAGGAGGACUUUUGUCCUCCCAACGGCUCCCUAGCCGUCGAAGGCGCGCGCGACCUCGCCCCAACCAUCAACACGCUGCUCGCGCACCCGGGCUUCAGCUUCCGAGUCUCCUCGCAAGACUACCACCCAGCGGACCAUAUCUCCUUCGCCCCGAACCACCCGGCGCCCAACAACAUCCCCUUCGAGUGUACCAUCACGCUCACCAACCCGGCGCCGGGCAAGCACACCGAGACCAAACCCCAACGGCUGUGGCCGGUGCACUGCGUCGAGGACACGCCGGGGGCGGCGCUGAUCCCGGAAAUCGACGCGGCGCGCAUCGACCUGUUCGUCAAGAAGGGGAUGGACGCGCGGGUGGAGAUGUACUCGGUGUUCGCCGACGCGUUCGGGAACCGCAACAGCCUUGAGCUGAACCGGCGGUCGGUGGAUUGCGAUCUGGAGGCCGAGCUGCGGGCUCGGGGGGUUACGGCGGUGUUCUCGGUGGGUGUCGCCGGGGAUUACUGCGUCAAGUGCACGGCGAUCGAUGCGGCGAGGGCCGGGUUCCGGAGUUAUUUCGUGGAGGAUGCGACGCGGUGCGUGGAUCCGGGGGUCGGGUGGGAGGAGGCGAGGCGGGAGUUGCUCGAGGCGGGGGUCGUGAUCGUGAGGUCGGAUGGGCCUGAGAUUGCGGGUUUGGUCGGUUGA